CAGCGCUCACAUGGGCCUUCGUUGCCUUACCGAGUCUACUUUUGUUCCCUUAUAAGAAAGAUUACCUCUGUGCUUGGAAAGGACUAACGAAUGUAAAGAGAAAUUGAGUAACCGCAUUCACAUUUCUUUUUUCUUGCUCUAGCUCAACUACAUCUCACUGUGUCUUGAGCAUUCAGUAGAGCAAGACAAUGGCUAAAUCCAUGCUUGUUUUUGCUACCUUCCUCUCAUUUUGUUUUACUACUAAUACUUGCGCCUUCUCACCUUCUGCAUGGACCAGCGGCCAUGCAACUUUUUAUGGAGGCAGCGAUGCCUCAGGCACAAUGGGAGGUGCUUGUGGAUAUGGGAACCUGUAUUCAGCAGGGUAUGGUACUAGAACUGCAGCAUUAAGUACUGCUCUGUUCAAUGAUGGAGCUUCGUGUGGUGAGUGCUACAAAAUUAUAUGUGAUUUUCGAGCAGAUCCUAGAUGGUGUGUCAAAGGAACAUCCGUCACCAUAACAGCUACCAAUUUCUGCCCUCCUAACUUUGCACUUCCCAACAACAAUGGAGGCUGGUGUAACCCACCGCUCAAGCAUUUUGACAUGGCUCAACCUGCAUGGGAAAAAAUUGGCAUUUAUAGAGGAGGGAUAGUUCCCGUUCUGUUCCAAAGGGUUCCAUGCAAGAAGAAGCAUGGAGGGGUAAGAUUCACUGUGAAUGGAAGAGACUACUUUGAGCUUGUGUUGAUAAGCAAUGUGGCAGGAGCUGGAUCCAUCAAAGCUGCGUCGAUUAAAGGAUCAAAAACUGGAUGGAUGACUAUGUCAAGAAAUUGGGGAGCUAAUUGGCAAUCCAACGCGUAUUUGAAUGGCCAAUCUUUGUCCUUCAGGGUCACAACCACUGACGGCGAAACCAGACUCUUCCAAGAUGUGGUUCCACCAAACUGGUCAUUUGGACAGAGUUUCUCUAGCAGUGUCCAGUUCUGAAACGCUUUGUUUCAUGAUUUUGGAAUUUCUCAUGAAUGGCAGAGGCGUGGUUUUAAUUUUAUAGGAGCAGCCCGCCAAACCCAUGAACUGUUCUUGAAGGUCUUAAUGAAGAGGCUUAUAUAUGAAGUCAUACGAUUUACGCGCUUUGUUAUCAAUAAGAAAGAGUGAUAUGUCAGCUUAGGAGCAAAGAACAAAUAUGCAUUUUACAUAGUUUAUAUCAUACUCUAGAUUGUUGUCCUAUUGAUAUGCAUAAUGUUAUUAGAUUCUUAGUGUUUGUAUCUGUAUUGUGGGGGAAUUAGGUGAAAUUCUAUGCUUGUGUUAAUUUGAGUUUGAGUUAACUUCUUGUGUUUUGCCUGUUAAA